AUCUGUCAACCAUCUGUUGUCUUAAUGUAGUCUGGGCGUGGCUCAUUUUAUGGGAGGAGCUCGUAGCAGGAAAAAGAUGAGACAGUUGCUUCUUCUCUUCUCCAUUCUCUUUCAACUGGUGGCAGCAAGGCAUACUCGCUACUGGCUCCUGAGGCUGACGAGCAACGACAGAGCUGACCAAAUAGCAAAGGAAUGUGGGCUCGUGAAUCGCGGCCUUGUUGGAAGGUUCCACAAUGUGUUCCAGUAUGAGUUUAAAGACGGAAAGGACAACAAACCUUAUAACAACAUCACAGAGAGCUUGAGCCAAUAUCCUGAAGUGAACUAUGUUAUACAGGAAGAGACUCAAAAACACUCACCUAGAACAUUAUUCUCCCUCCCAAACGACCCUCAAUGGAAAUACCAGUGGCCAUGGUACAAUACUGGACAAAGUGGAGCAACUAAAGGCAAUGAUAUAAACGUAGUACCAAUAUGGAUUGAAGGAAUAACUGGACACAACUCGACUGCACUAGUAAUUGACAACGGAAUACAACUUGACCAUCCUGAUCUUCAUAGUAAUAUUAAUGUCAGUCUCUGCUAUAGCACGCUAACACAUUCGACUGAUAUUAAUCCACAAAGUUCUUUGAAGGAAGACAAUCAUGGGACAAGCUGUGCUGGUGAAAUAGCAAUGAUACAUGAUAAUGGAAUAUGUGGGGCUGGAGUAGCCUACGGAGCCACUAUUGCUGGGUACCAGGUGGAUUUUUCUGAAUUACUUCCAAGCGAAGAGGUGGAUGCAUUUCACCAUUUCAAUGAUGAGAUCCAAGUGUACAGUAACAGCUGGGGACCAGAAGACAAUGGGUUUACCGUCCAAGGACCACAAACAUUAGCUCAGGAAGCAUUACAAUUUGGAGUUGAAUCAGGUCGUAAUGGCUUAGGCUCUAUAUACGUAUUUUCAUCCGGUAAUGGUGGACAAUAUGAUGAUUCUUGUGCUGCUGAUGGGUAUGCAUCAAAUCGCUAUACAAUUGGUGUUGGUUCAGCCGAUCAAGCCGGAAGACAGGCUUUUUAUGAUGAAGACUGCUCAGGGAAAAUGGCCGUCACUUAUUCGUAUAAUAGUGCAGUAACAUCCGAUCAAGUGGUGACUACAUAUCCUAACAGUGGCUGUGUUAAAAGCUUUACGGGUACUAGUGCUUCUGCUCCAUUGAUGACUGGAGUUAUACUUUUGGCACUUGAAGUCAAUCCUAAUCUCUCAUGGCGUGAUGUUCAAUAUCUAAUUGCUUAUACUUCAAAAUCAUCGCCUCUUGUUGAUGGUAAUUUUGUUACCAACGGAGCUGGUCUAAGAGUGAGCAGCAAGUUUGGAUUUGGUGCUAUUGAUGCUGAAGCUUUAGUAACCAGGGCACGAUACUGGAGUCCAGUAACUAAGGAGAUAAACUAUACUGCUGUUAAUCCAAACAUCAACAGGCUUCAAGCUUUUCAAGUGACUAAAUCCAAUUCAUUUAAAUACACAUACAAUAUGCCUUCAGGGAACAUCAAAUACCUGGAGCAUGUUAUUCUCACUGCUACCUUUAGCAUUACUACAUCAGGAGAAUGCUAUGAUUUUCAAAGCUCAGUGAAUGAUCAUUCAGUCAUCGACCAUUCCGGCCCAAGGAGAGGUGACGCAUCAAUCAGACUCUGUUCUCCCAGUGGCACAUGCUCAACACUUCUACCGAAGAGAUCAAAGGAUUACAUAAACUGCUAUGGCUACGACGACUGGCCGUUCAUUUCAGUUCAUUUUUGGGGCGAGGAUCCGUCCGGUGAUUGGACUAUCACAAUGUCCUUUUCUAGCGAUUCCGGGAGUGCAGUUAUAACAUCCAUGUCCCUUACCUUUUAUGGCAUUAACGAAAAACCAGAAGACAUUGUUAGUAGCUGUGACUCUGCCUGUGCGAGUUCCACAGGCUGUAGUUUUGGUAAUGGGAGCAAGUAUUGCGACUCGUGUGGCGAUGGUUAUUAUCGCAAUUCCAGUACACUCGAGUGUGUCAGGAGCUGUGAGAGUGGAGCAUGUGUAGUAGCUAACACUUGUGUCUUCUAUGAUGGAAAGUGUCCCGAUAGUGGUCUCUCCGAAACCGACAUCAUUAUAAUCUCUGUUGCUUGCUUCUUGUUUGUUGUUUGUGUCAUCUUGUGCAUUGUUUGUGUUUGUUGUUGCUGCUGUUGUUCUUCUUCUAGUAAGAGGUACAGGAGACUUAGUUUUAGACAAGGAACUUCAGACGAUGGCAAUUUGUACGUACCAUAUGUUGAGCCAGCCAUCGUUUAAAUUAAUAAUUAUAAUUAUCAUUUUUAUUUAAAUACAGUAACUAUCAUUAUUGUUUUAUGGAUUGUUUUUACUUUUUUUAAUGUUAAAAAUAUCAUUUUUAUGUUUUAUUUUUAAUUGCUUCA